AUACGUGAUUGUUGAAACACUACUUAAACCCCCCAAGGCCCCAACCCCAACCCUUCAUUCGUUACCCUUUCAGAAACACACAACACACACACACCAACAAGAUAAAUUAAAAGAAACACACACAGUCUCUAGCCGUUUGUUAUUUCUGCGCAACCAAUGGAAGGUUCUGGUGUAGUAACCGUUUACGGUAACGGCGCAAUAACGGAGACCAAGAAGUCCCCCUUCUCCGUCAAGGUCGGCCUGGCCCAGAUGCUACGUGGCGGCGUCAUCAUGGACGUCGUUAACGCCGACCAGGCCCGCGUUGCCGAGGAGGCUGGCGCCUGCGCUGUCAUGGCCCUUGAGCGUGUGCCCGCUGACAUCCGGGCUCAGGGCGGCGUGGCCCGCAUGAGUGACCCUCAGCUAAUCAAGGAGAUCAAGCAGGCCGUCACCAUACCCGUCAUGGCCAAGGCCCGCAUCGGCCACUUUGUCGAGGCCCAGAUCCUUGAGGCCAUAGGCAUCGACUACGUCGACGAGAGUGAGGUUCUCACUCUCGCCGACGAGGACAACCACAUCAACAAGCACAACUUCCGCAUCCCCUUUGUCUGCGGCUGCCGCAACCUUGGCGAGGCCCUCCGCCGCAUCAGGGAAGGCGCCGCCAUGAUCAGGACCAAGGGAGAGGCUGGAACAGGCAACAUCGUCGAGGCCGUACGCCACGUGAGGUCCGUCAUGGGCGACAUUAGGGUUCUGAGGAACAUGGAUGAUGAUGAGGUCUUCACUUUCUCCAAGAAGAUUGCUGCGCCCUACGAUUUGGUGAUGCAGACCAAGCAGCUUGGCAGGCUUCCCGUUGUGCACUUCGCCGCCGGAGGUGUGGCCACGCCGGCUGACGCCGCGCUCAUGAUGCAGCUGGGAUGCGACGGGGUUUUCGUCGGCUCCGGGGUUUUCAAGAGUGGUGACCCGGCCAAGAGGGCGCGGGCUAUUGUCCAGGCCGUGACGCAUUACAGUGACCCGGAGGUGCUGGCGGAGGUCAGCUGCGGGCUUGGGGAGGCCAUGGUGGGCAUCAACUUGAACGACGACAAGGUCGAGAGGUUCGCCAACAGGUCGGAAUGAAAGUAAGUUAGGGUUUGCUGCAAUUGGAUCUUUUGAAGAAGAAGAAGAACAAAAAAAAAAAGUGUUUUACUUUUUCUUAAUUAAUCUUUUUCCUAGUGUUGGUAGCUGUUGUUAUUCUUAAUUGUCAUGAUAAUAAGGUUAUUAUUGUGUUUGUUAUUGGGGAUUUGAUGUUUGAGACAAUUUUAGGGGGGGAAAAAGAAUGCAAUUUGGGAGUUGUAAGAGGGGAUACUUGGUUGGUCUGAACGUUGGAUGGUAAGGUGUUUGAUCAAGUAUGUCUAUUUACGUUGCUGCAUAAAUUAUAAGCAUUCUUAUUUUGAAUGUUA